AUGGGGGGGGCAAGCCCCGCCGCGGCGUCCACGCGCCCCAAAGGGCCCUGGAUAAAAUCCACAGCGCGUGACCCCUGGAGCGGCCAGAGCGCCCCGCCCCCUCGAGGCUCCGCCCCUGGAGGCUCCCCCAGGCCCGGCCCCUGCUGUGCUGUCCAGGACCGCGAGGCCCCCGAAGGGGUGGUGACGGGGAUAUUCGCGGCCUUCGCUGGCGGCGGCCAUGACGGUGAAAGACGAAACCGAGACCCGCAGAGGAACCCAGAGUCACGGUUCCCCGCGUCCUCGCGCAGCAGCCAGCCGGUGACAUGUCCGCAGCAACACACGCAGCAGGUGACUCUGAAAGAAGACGGGGCCCCUGGCGGCAUGGACGAGCACGGCCCUGGUGACGCCGCAGCAGGGAACGCCCCGGUGGACCUCGAGGGCAAGCCGCGGCCAGCCGGUGCGGCGCUCAUCCGGAAGUCGAAGGCCCCAGAAUACUUUGAAAGACGAGGAGGAGCAGCGCACCGCGAGCAGGAGCCUGAGGAGGCAGAAGAGGACAAAGAGAAGUCAAGUGUCAAGACCUGGUCCCAAGGAGGACAGAGGAGCGAGCCUGAGCUCACGCAGGCCCGGGGCACAGCAGAUCUCCUCCAGGGGCUGCCCAGGGCCUUCUGCGGCUCAGUGCCCCCCAAGCCCGGUGAUGACUCCCAGGCCGCCCCUUGGCCCCCCCUGCUGCCGGCGCUGCUGCUGCUGCUGCUGCUGCUGCUGCUGCGCUCGCCACCGCCCCCGGCGCAGGCCCACCGCUUCUCGGCUCCCAACACCACCUUCUACCACCUGGCGCUGGACCCGGCCGGCGACACACUCUACGUCGGGGCAGCGAACCGCCUGUUCCAGCUCGGCCCGGCGCUGGAGCUACAAGCUGUGGCCGUCACGGGCCCCGUCCUCGACAGUCCUGACUGCGUGCCUUUCCGCGACCCAGCUGAGUGCCCGCAGGCCCGGCUCAUGGACAACGCCAACCAGCUGCUGCUGGUGAGCAGCCGGGCCCGGGAGCUGGUGGCCUGCGGGCAGGUGCGGCAGGGCGUGUGCGAGAAGCGGCGCCUCGGGGACGUGGCCAUGGUGCUGUACCAGGCCGAGGACCCUGGCGAUGGGCAGUUUGUGGCCGCCAACACCCCGGGAGUGGCCACGGUGGGCCUGGUGGUAGUGGCGCCAGGCCGCGACCUCCUGCUCGUGGCCAGAGGCUUGGCGGGCAAGCUGUCUGGUGGGGUGCCCCCGCUGACGGUGCGCCAGCUGGCCGGGCCUCAGCCCUUCUCCAGCGAGGGCCUGGGCCGCCUGGUGGUAGGCGACUUCUCCGACUACAACAGCACCUACGUGGGCGCCUUUGCCGAUGCCCGCUCAGCCUACUUUGUCUUCCGCCGCCGCGGGGCCCGCUCGCAGGCUGAGUACCGUUCCUACGUGGCCCGCGUCUGUCUGGGGGAUGCCAACCUCUACUCCUACGUGGAGGUGCCACUCUCCUGCCGGGGCCAGGGCCUCAUCCAGGCUGCCUUCCUCGCCCCAGGCAUCUUGCUGGGGGCGUUUGCCACUGGCCUGAGGGGCACACAGGCCGCCCUGUGUGCCUUCCCCCUGGCCGAGCUGGAUAGCAGCAUGGAGCGGGCCCGGCGCCUUUGCUACACCGCUGGCGGCCGGGGCCCCGGCGGUGAGGAGGAGGCUGCUGUGGAGUACGGCGUCACGUCACGCUGUGUCACCCUGCCCCCGGACUCCCCCGAGUCGUACCCCUGUGGCGACGAGCACACCCCCAGCCCCAUUGCCGGCCGCCAGCCCCUGGAGGUCGGGCCCCUGCUGCAGCUGCAGCAGCCCGUCAGCGCUGUGGCCGCUCUGCAGGCAGACGGGCACACCAUAGCCUUUCUUGGGGACACCCGGGGCCGGCUGCAUAAGGUCUUUCUCAACGGCUCCCAAGGCCAACUGUACCACUCCCAGCAGGUGGGGCCUCCAGACUCCCCCAUCGGCCCAGACCUGCUGCUGGACAGCAGUGGCAGCCACCUCUAUGUCCUGACUGCUCAGCAGGUGGACCGGGUACCCGUGGCGGCCUGCCUCCAGUUCCCUGACUGUGCCAGCUGCCUCCAGGCCCGGGACCCACUGUGCGGCUGGUGUGUCCUCCAGGGCAGGUGUACCCGCCGGAGCCGGUGCGGGCGGGCGGCCCAGCCCCACCAGUGGCUGUGGAGCUACGAGCCGGACGGCGGCUGCCUGCGCAUCCAGGGGCUGCUGCCGGCCCAGCACCCCCGCGAGGAGCAGGGCCAGGUCGCCUUGUCGGUGCCCCGCCUGCCCGGCCUGGCGGCGGACGAGUACUUCCACUGCGCCUUCGGGGGCUACGACAGCCUGGCGCACGUGGAGGGCGCCCAUGUGGCUUGCGUCACCCCUCCCCAAGACCAGUUGCCGCUCAACCCUCCGGGCACAGACCACGUCACCUUGCCCCUGGCCCUGAUGUUCGAGGACGUGCCGGUGGCCACCACCAACUUCUCCUUCUACGACUGCAGUGCUGUCCAGGCCUUGGAGGUGGCUGCCCCGUGCCGGGCCUGUGUGAGCAGCCCCUGGCGAUGCCACUGGUGCCCCCAGAGCAGCCGCUGUGUCUCUGGGGAACACUGCCCGGAGGACGGGAGGAUCAUCUACAGCGUCCAAGAGGAGGAAGUUCAGGUACGUGGCCCCGGGGCUUGCCCCCAGGUUGAGGACCUGGCAGGCCCCUCACUGGUGCCCGUGGGCUGGGAGAGCCGUUUGGUCCUGCGUGUUCGGAACCUGCAGCAUUUCCGGGGCCUGCCUGCCUCCUACCACUGCUGGCUGGAGCUGCCCGGAGAGGUGCGGAGGCUGCCGGCCUCCCUGGAGGAGGUGGCCGGGGACCAGGGCCUCAUCGCCUGCCAGGCCCAGCAGUUCCACCCCUUCAUGGCCCAGCGGGAGCUCCCAGUGCCCAUCUACGUCACCCGAGGCGAGGGCCAGCGGCUGGACAAUGCCCGUUCUCUUCAUGUGACCCUGUACGACUGUGCUGUGGGCCACCCUGACUGCAGCCACUGCCAGGCCGCCAACGGGAGCCUGGGCUGCCGCUGGUGCAGCCACGACCAGCCGGCCUGUCGCUAUGGACCGCUGUGCCCGCCCGAGGCCGUGGAGUCCCUGUGUCCCAAGCCCAGCAUCAACACAGUAGAGCCCCUGACUGGCCCCCCAGAGGGCGGCUUGGCCCUCACCAUCCUGGGCUCCAACCUGGGCCGGGGCUUUGCUGACGUGCGGGAUGCUGUGAGCGUGGCUGGCCGGCCCUGCAGCCCCGACCCCUCUCUCUACCGCACCUCUGCCCGGAUUGUGUGUGUGACAUCCCCCGCCCCCAAUGGCACCACGGGGCCUGUCCAAGUGGCCAUCAAGAGUCGAUCACCUGGCAUCUCCACCCAGCACUUCACCUACCAGGACCCUGUCCUGCUCAGCCUGAGUCCCCAGAGCGGCCCCCAAGCAGGUGGCACCCAGCUCACCAUCCAUGGGUGGCAUCUCCAGACAGGAGGCAACAUCAGCGCCUUCGUGGGCAGCCAGCCCUGCCCCAUCCAAGAGCCGGUAUGUCCUGAGGCCAUUGUGUGCCACACCAUGCCCUGGGCUGCCCCAGGGGAAGCAGCGGUUCGCGUGGUCUUCGGCCAGGCCCAGCGCACGCUUCGCGCCAGCCCCUUCCGCUACACUGCCAACCCCCAGCUCCUGGCGGCAGAGCCCAGCGUCAGCUUCCGAGGGGGCGGACGGCUGAUCCGAGUCAGGGGCACUGGCCUGGACGUGGUGAGGUGGCCCCGGCUGUCUGUGUGGCUGGAGGUCCAGGGAGAUUUACAGGCUACAGCAGGGGCGUGGCCCCAGGACCCAGCUCCAAGGAGGAGCUGUGGGGCUCCCGCCAUGCCCCCCCCGGCUUGUAUUCAGCUUGAGGGGGGCUUGCUGCAGUGCUCUACCGUCUGCUCGGUCAACUCGUCCACCCUCCUCCUGUGCCGGAGCCCCUCUGUGCCAGACACGGCGCGCCCCCAGCGGGUCUUCUUCACCCUUGAUAACCUGCGCGUGGACUUCGCCAGCGCCAGCGGGGGCCAGGACUUCCUGUACCAGCCCAACCCCCGCCUGGCCCCCCUCAGCCGUGAGGGGCCAGCACGCCCCUACCGCCUCAAGCCUGGCCACGUCCUGGAUGUGGAGGGCGAGGGCCUCAGCCUGGGCAUCAGCAAGGAGGAGGUGCGCGUGCACAUCGGCGACAGCGAGUGCCUGGUGAAGACGCUCACGCUCACGCACCUGUACUGCGAGCCGCCGCCCCGGGCCCCGCAGCCGGUCAACGGCUCCGGCCCCCUGCCGCAGUUUGUGGUGCAGAUGGGCAACAUGCGACUGGCCCUGGGCCCGGUGCAGUACGAGGCUGAGCCCGCGCCGCCCGCCUUCCCCGCGGAGGCGCAGCUGGGCCUGGGUCUGGGUGCCGGCGUGCUGAUCGCCGCUGUGUUCCUCCUCACGCUCAUGUACAGGCACAAGAGCAAGCAGGCGCGGCGGGACUACCGGAAGGUCCUGGUGCAGCUGCAGAACCUGGAGAUUGGGGUGGGUGACCAGUGCCGCAAGGAAUUCACAGACCUGAUGACCGAGAUGACAGACCUCAGCAGCGACCUGGAGGCCAGCGGGAUCCCCUUCCUGGACUACCGCACCUACGCCGAGCGCGUCUUCUUCCCUGGGCACGGUGGCUGCCCGCUGCAGCCGGUCCUUGAGGGGGCUGGGGGAGAGGGCCGCCGGGCGCCCGUGCGCCAGGGCCUCACGCAGCUCUCCAACCUGCUCAACAGCAAGCUCUUCCUCCUGACGCUCAUCCACACCCUGGAGGAGCAGCCCAGCUUCUCCCAGCGCGACCGCUGCCACGUGGCUUCGCUGCUGUCCCUGGCGUUGCACAGCAAGCUGGAGUACCUCACGGACAUCCUGACCACGCUGCUCGGAGACCUGGCGGCCCAUUACGUGCACAAGAACCCCAAGCUCAUGCUGCGCAGGACAGAGACCAUGGUGGAGAAGCUGCUCACCAACUGGCUGGCCAUCUGCCUCUACGCCUUCCUGAAGGAGGUGGCUGGUGAGCCACUGUACAUGCUCCUCCGGGCCAUCCAGUGCCAGGUGGACAAGGGCCCUGUGGAUGCCGUGACGGGCAAGGCGAAACGGACGCUGAACGACAGCCGCCUGCUGCGGGAGGAUGUGGAUUUCCGCCCCCUGACGCUCAUGGUGUUGCCAGGCCCCGGGGCAGGCGGGGCCACAGGGAGCGCCACGGCACAGCAUGUGCCCACGCGGGUGCUGGACACGGACACCAUCACCCAGGUCAAGGAGAAGGUGUUGGACCAAGUCUACAGGGGCACCCCCUUCUCCCAGAGGCCCUCAGUGCAUGCCCUAGAUCUUGAGUGGCGCUCGGGACUGGCUGGUCACCUAACCCUGUCGGACGAGGACCUGACCUCGGUGACGCACAACCGCUGGAAGAGACUCAACACCCUGCAGCACUACAAGGUCCCGGAUGGAGCCACGGUGGGGCUCAUCCCGCAGCUGCCUAACGGAGGCGCCAUCUCCCAGAGCCCAGCCCCGAGCUGUCCCUCUGGGGAGAACACCCCCAUGUUGGAGGAUGGUGAGGAGGGCGGGGUGCGCCUCUGGCACCUGGUGAAAGCCGCCGAAGAGCCAGAAGGGGCCAAGACGCGGCGCAGCAGCCUGCGGGAGCGGGAGCGGCAGCGGGCACGGGCCAAGGCCAUCCCCGAGAUCUACCUCACGCGCCUGCUCUCCAUGAAGGGCACGCUGCAGAAAUUCGUGGACGACACCUUCCAGGCCAUCCUCAGCGUGAACCGGCCCGUGCCCAUCGCCGUGAAGUACCUGUUUGAUUUCCUGGAUGAGCUGGCCCAGAGGCAUGGCAUCGAGGACCCAGAGACCUUGCACAUUUGGAAAACUAACAGCCUGCUGCUGCGGUUCUGGGUGAACACCCUGAAGAACCCACAGCUCAUCUUCGACAUGCGGGUGUCGGACAACGUGGACGCCACCCUCGCCGUCAUCGCCCAGACCUUCAUCGACGCCUGCACCAUCUCAGAGCACAAAGUGGGCCGGGAUUCCCCAGUGAACAAGCUGCUCUAUGCCCGGGAGAUCCCUCGCUACAAGCAGAUGGUGGAGAGGUACUACGCCGACAUCCGCCAGAGCUCUCCAGCGGGCUAUCAGGAGAUGAACUCGGCUCUGGCCGAGCUCUCCGGGAACUACACAUCCGCUCCCCACUGUCUGGAGGCCCUGCAGGGACUCUACCACCACAUCCACAGGUAUUAUGACCAGAUCAUCUGCGCCCUGGAGGAGGACCCGGUGGGCCAGAAGCUGCAGCUGGCCUGCCGCCUGCAGCAGAUUGCUGCCCUGGUGGAGAACAAGGUGACCGACCUGUGAGCUCGCUUCAGCCAGCAGGAGGAAGCCACAGCGCCUUAGGCCCCCAGGACGGAUCUGCUGGUGGGAUAGGGCUGGGCCGGCCCCCACCCCGCCCCUGCGCUUCCUCUCCCCACCAGGGCUUCUUU